AUGCCGUUGACCGCCCACGACCUUCCACCACGCAUCAGUUCGGAGUUUCGCAUUCCAGAAGAUCUCAUCAGGCGAGACGACACUGCGCUUCCUCAGCUCUAUGACUGGAACGCGAAGGAGAACCCGAACUACCCGCUGUUCCUUUAUCACGAUCCCGCCACUGCGCAGAACGAGUACAUUACUUACUCUACAGCUAAUGAGGCCAUCAACCGUGCUGCACGGUAUAUCACACACAGUAUUGGCAGGGAGCCCAACGCCCCGACAGGCUCUCCCGUCGUCGGUAUCCUGGCGAAUACUGAUACAAUCACCUAUUUCUGCACUAUCAUCGGCGCGUUCCGCGCUGGGGUCUGCGCGUUCCUCAUUUCGACACGUAAUGCGGCCAUUGCGGUCGCAGACAUGGCCAAGCGCACCGGGCUCACGCACAUCAUUGUGUCUCCCGACGCCAUCAUGAACGAGAUCGCCGACGGGGCGAUCAAGCUGCUCGCCUCGGACGGCGUGAACGUGCAAAAGCACCGGAUGCCGGUCUUCGAGGAUCUCUUUCCCGCCACGCCGAUGGCUGAUAGCCUGUUCGAGAAGGCGGUAGAGUUGCCGAAGACCUACGAUGUACGUGCAUACAACACGAUCAUGCACUCUUCUGGUUCGACCGGACACCCGAAGCCUAUUCGGUGGACCAUCAAGGGCAUCUUGUCGUGGGGUCAGGAGCCGCUGAAAUGUAACGUGGACAUCAAGGGGACGAUCAUGGGUGCCCACGGAUCGCCCAUGUUCCACGGUCUCGGCUCGUUCUUAUAUUCUGCAGCUCCUAUCAAUGGCUUCAUCGUAGCAGCAUUCAAGCCCGCAUCUCCACCGACCGUCCCUACUCCAGACGCUGUCUGGACAGGUAUCGCAGCCACUGGCUCGGACUUUUCUUGGAGUGUUCCCUCAUUCAUUGAGGAAUGGGGUCGGGACCCGGAGAAGGUGCUCUACAUGAAGAGGAUGCGUGGCGUGAUCUUCGGUGGGGCGGCACUCAACGAUCAAGUCGGUAAUACGCUUGCUGCGCAGGGCGUCUCGCUCUAUACCGUCUAUGGAUGCACAGAAGUCGGACUCAUCAACACCUUCGCUAGACCGAACCCUGGCAUGGACUGGGCUUACUGGUCCGUAACUGCAAGCCUCAAAGGCUCUUUCCGGCCCAUGGGUGACGGCACGUACGAAGUUGUCGUUCUUUCUCCCCCAGACCUCCCACUCCCCGUUACAAACACCAAGGUCGGCGAUCAGGAUGCGUACGCCACGAGCGAUCUCGCUGUCCCGCACCCGACCCAGCCUGGCUUGUGGAAGAUUGUAGGGCGUGCAGACGAGCAAAUCAUUUUGUCGAACGGCGAGAAGACUAAUCCCGUUCCCCUCGAGAAAAUGAUCAACGAGGAUCCGUUCGUGAAGAGCUCCGUCAUGUUCGGUCGUGGGAAAUUCCAGAAUGGCGUCCUCAUCGAGCCUACGGAAGACUUCCAGAUCGACCCUACAGAUGCGAAGCAGCUCGAGGCUUACAGGAACAAGAUCUGGCCCACCAUUGAGCGUGUGAACGAAUUUGCUCCUCAGCACUCCCGCAUCUUCAAGGAGAUGAUUCUCGUAACACACCCCUCGAAGCCGUUCGAACACAACGCCAAGGGCCUGCCACGCCGUGGCGUUAUUCUCAAAGAAUACGCCGACGAGAUCGAGGCGCUGUACAAGGAAGUCGAGAACAGCGCGCAGAGCGAGUUCGCUCCGCCCGCCGUCUGGGACCCCGCUAGCACGCUCGCGUUCGUGCGGACCGUCGUCCAGAGCACUCUCCGCCGCGCUAUUGCCGACGACGCCGACAUCUUCCGCAAUGGCGGCGACAGUCUGCAGUCGACCUGGAUCCGAAACACGCUCCUUCGCGCCAUCCGUGAGACACACAAGGACGCCGCGGUACGCCUGCCCAUGAACGUCGUCUUCCAGGCGCCGACUAUCGCGUCCCUCGCGACGCUCCUCCACAACAUCAUCCACAGCGCCGAAGAGGCCGUGCGCGCACCGCAGGACCUCUGGAAGCACGUCGAAAAGUACUCUGCGAACCUCCCCGCGCGCCCCGCGAACUUGGUGGAGCGCCCCGAGGGCCAGAAGGACGUAGUCAUCAUCACGGGCACUACUGGGGGGUUCGGAUGCGACACGCUCGAGCACCUACUGCGCGACGAGACCGUCGAGCGCGUGUAUGCGUUCAACAGGAAGGGUGCGCAGGCGCUUGGAAGGCAGCGGAAGCAGUUCGAGGCGCGCGGGCUGGAUGUCAGCUUGCUCGACUCACCGAAAUUCAGGAUGGUCGAGGCGGUGCUGCACGAGCCUGGUUUUGCGGUUGAGGCUGAGCUGUUGGACGAGAUCAGGACGUCUGCGACGCAUAUUUUACACAACGCGUGGAAGGUCGACUUCAACCUGUCAAUCGCCUCGUUCGAGCAUGAUAUCCAGGGCGCGCGCAACCUCGUCGACCUCGCGAUCAGCUCGCCGUACAAGAAGGCACCUACAGUCGUGUUCGUCAGUUCCGUGGGCGUUUUCUCUGGCUGCAAGAUUUCCCCGCCGGUUCCCGAGAUACCUCUCGACGACCCUGCGUCGGCCUUCGGCACCGGCUAUUCCGAGAGCAAGUGGGUCACUGAGCACGUCCUGCAAAACGUUACGGAACGCACAGGGGUGCACACAGUUGUCAUGCGCCUUGGACAAGUUGCGGGAGACAGGAAGGGCUAUUGGAACGAGCGCGAGUGGUUCCCGUCCCUCGUCAAGUCCGCGCUGUUCCAGAAGUGCUUGCCCGAGCAUGACGGAAAAGUGACGUGGUUCCCGGCGUACGAAGCCGCGAAGGCCUUCGCGGAGAUGCGCCGCUCACCAGAGUCAGUCCUUCACCUCGUCCAUCCCCACCCGGUCCCCUGGCACGCUCUCCUUGCGCCAAUCGCGGAGGAGCUCGGUGUUCCCCUUGUCCCUUACACGCAGUGGCUUGAAAAGCUUGAGGGCAGCGUUGAGCAUGGGUCUGCAGAAGAGGUAGAGGCGAUGAAGGCCAACCCUGCACUCCGCCUUCUGCCGUUCUACAAAGCACAGGCCGGGACGAUGACCCCGGACAGGGAGGCGAUGGGUCUAGUGUUCAUCUCGACUGAGAAGGCAGUGCGAGUGUCGGAGUCGCUAGCUAAAAUGCCACAGCUGGGUGCGGAGCGAGCGCGUAUGUGGCUGGCGGCGUGGAAAAGGUCUGGCUUCAUCCACUAGAUAGUUCUCAUACAUUCGCGCAGGCAAUUGUGAUAUCACGAAUGAACGAGUCGUACUACAGACCGAGGCGACCGCUCGCAUAUUCACC